GAAGGGCACGGGACUGCUUACUGGCGACACCACUGACGUCACUACCGAGCGACUGGGUACCAGGAAGUAAUCAGUGACAGGGGGAGAAGUAUGCUGAGGGCUAUCACACACCAGAAUAGCUGAAAAUAAACAAUAACAACCGCCUGGCAGCUGUCUAUUAUACUGAGGUUUAACUUUGAUUUAAGAAGAAGCUCAGCAUGGGUGAAGAGCCUCCCAGUCUAGAAUAUAUUCAGGCCAAGGAUCUUUUUCCGCCAAGGGAGCUGGUGAAGGAGGAGGAUAAACUGCAGGUACCUUUCCAAGUGUUGCCAGGAGAGAGUGUAGAAUAUUUAGGGAGUGCAAAUGAUGCGGUCAUAGCAGUUUCCAACUACAGAUUGCACAUCAAGUUCAAAGAUUCUGUUGUCAAUGUGCCUUUAAGGAUGAUUGAGACUGUGGAAAGUCGAGACAUGUUCCAGUUGCAGAUAAUUUGCAAAGAUUCCAAAGUAGUGAGAUGCCACUUCUCCACAUUUAAGCAGUGCCAGGAAUGGCUGAAACGUCUUAGUCGAGCCACUGUGCGUCCAGCAAAACAAGAAGAUCUGUUUGCAUUUGCCUAUCAUGCCUGGUGCCAGGGAGUGUGUAAUGACGAGGAGGAGCACCAUGUUCACCUUUGUCGUCCAGGCAAGCAUGUGAAGUUUCGCUUCCAGAUGGAAUUGGUGCGAAUGGGUUUUGACUUGCAGAAUGCCUGGAGAGUGUCUGAAAUCAACAACAACUACAAGCUUUGUCCAAGUUACCCUCAAAAGCUCCUCGUUCCAGUAUGGAUCAGUGACAAGGAACUAGAGAAUGUUGCUUCUUUCAGAUCAUGGAAGCGGAUUCCAGUUGUGGUGUACAGACAUGCACGGACAGGCGCAGUGAUUGCACGUUGCAGCCAACCAGAGAUUAGCUGGUGGGGUUGGCGCAAUGCAGAUGACGAAUACCUAGUUACUUCCAUUGCCAUGGCCUGUGCACAUAAUCCAGGAGUACGAGUAACUAACGGAAACGUCACUAACAAAGGCACCAACGAGGCAAAUGAAAAUGCAGACACCGACUUUGAUUCAUCACUGACCGCUUGUCCUGGGAUUGAUGGUGGAGGUCCUCCGCAGAAGCUCUUAAUACUGGAUGCCAGAUCUUACACUGCCGCCGUUGCAAACAGAGCCAAAGGAGGAGGCUGCGAGUGUGAAGAAUAUUAUCCGAACUGUGAAGUGUUUUUUAUGGGAAUGGCAAAUAUCCACUCAAUCAGGAAUAGCUUUCAGUACCUCCGAGCUGUGUGCAACCAAGUGCCUGAUCCUGGAAACUGGCUCUCUGCACUGGAAAGCACGAAGUGGCUGCAGCACCUUUCUGUGAUGUUAAAGGCAGCCACUAUUGUGGCCAAUGCUGUGGAUAGAGAAGGACGGCCUGUGUUGGUCCACUGCUCGGAUGGCUGGGAUAGAACACCACAAAUUGUAUCCUUAGCAAAGAUUCUGUUGGACCCAUAUUAUCGAACCUUAGAGGGUUUCCAGGUGUUGGUUGAAACGGACUGGCUAGACUACGGCCAUAAGUUUGGAGAUCGCUGUGGUCAUCACGAAAAUGUGGAGGAUCAAAAUGAGCAAUGCCCUGUUUUCUUACAGUGGCUCGACUGUGUCCAUCAACUGCUGCAUCAGUUUCCAUGCCUCUUUGAAUUCAAUCACUCCUUUCUGGUGAAGUUAGUUCAACACACAUACUCCUGCCUCUACGGGACUUUUUUGGCCAAUAGCCCCAGUGAGAGAGAGAUGCGCAACAUCUACAAACGUACCUGCUCAGUGUGGUCUCUUCUGCGAACCGGCAACAAAAAUUUCCACAACUUGCUGUAUAUGCCAACCAAUGAGCUUGUUCUGCAUCCAGUUUGCCAUGUUCGUGCUCUUCAACUCUGGACAGCUGUAUAUCUCCCUGCAUCAUCACCUUGUACACCAAUGGAUGAUGGCAUGGAACUCUAUCUGACUCCAUCUUCUCAAGGUCCAGACUUUAAUGCCAGAUCCCUGGACAGAUUACCGAAAACACGCUCAAUGGAAAAUCUAGCAACAGCAUGUGACAGCAGCGGAAUGUUGACACGCACUUCAAGUGACCCAAAUUUAAAUAACCAUCAAGCUAGCUUAGACUCUCGCAGCAGCACCAUGGAAGGUGCUGAGACAGGAAAUCUGGACCUCCCGCAGCCAGGUCCAGCUACUAAAUGUAAGGAACAAGAGGAAAGUGAAAUCAAAGAAAGUGAAGAAAAAAGUGAAGGUGAAAAAGAAGAAAUUACAAAUCUGAAUGGUGAUGAACUCAAUUCUCUUGAAAAUACUUCAUCUGUUAGUAAAGCAGAAUGUGUAGAUUGGACAUGUGAUAAUUUUAAAUCUGCUUUGGAGAAUGGUACAACUAUAGAUGCACAAAGUAAUGUAGUAGUAGUCACCCAUAUUAAUGAGCCGGCAACUAAAGCCUCAUUAGAUCUUCUGAGCUCAAACUUAGAGGCAGAUCUGUCUGAUCAUGUAGUAUCCUGUGUAGAGGUUAGCAAGGCUGUUAAAGAACAAAUCAAGUUUUCUAGGACUGAUAAAAAAGUAGUAUCUCAAACACAGAAAAGUGAUUUCUCUCUCAUGACUUCAAACUGGAACAGUUUGCAAGGAAUGAUGAAGUCUGUUCCCAUCGGAGAGAUUGGUUUACGUCGACAUCUGUCUUAUGAUUACUCAAGUAGGAGUCUCCACAGCAAGCAUGGAAGACAUAUUGUUGGCUGUUUCAUGUCAAGGGAGGCAUCAAAGAUUUCUUGCAAUUUUCCUGCCUCUAUGCACUGUUCUGGACCCUCCACGAGAAGCUGUAGAUGUCUGAUGGCUUCUAACACAAAGCCACUUCAUAGUGGCAGGUUCUUUCCCUUUGCCUGCCCAUCUCCUACUCCUCUCAUGUAUCCAGAUGAUGAUGGUCUUCCUCUUCCCAAUGACGUGGUACAGCAGCGGCUGAGGCAGAUGGAAGCCAGCUACAAACAAGAGGUAGAACUUUUGCGAAGGCAAGUGUGGGAGUUGCAGCUACAGCUGGAAAUUCGACAGCAUUGCGCUCCUCCCCCAGAGCCAGAGGCAGACUAUGAAGAUGACUUUACAUGUGUUAAAGAGUCAGAUGGCAGUGACAUGGAUGACCUGUACUCUGAUAAAAGUGAAGAUAAACUUUCUGAGGCCAGCUGGGAACCAGUGGAUAAGAAGGAAAUGGAGGUCACAAGGUGGGUUCCUGACCACAUGGCUUCACAUUGUUUUAACUGCGACUGUGAAUUCUGGUUAGCUAAACGUAGACACCACUGCAGGAACUGUGGAAAUGUUUUCUGUGCUAGCUGCUGCCACCUGAAGCUCCCUAUUCCAGACCAGCAGCUGUACGACCCAGUGCUUGUAUGCAACAUGUGCUAUGAUCAGAUCCAAGUAACACGCGCAAGGGAACUUAUGUCCCAGCAACUGAAGAAACCUUUAGCUGCAGCAUCGAGCUGAAUGCUUGCUGAAGACCUGGCUUUAAGCUCCUCCUUUUGUUCUUGCAGCCAAGAUGAAGUUUUGAGAGAAAGGCACACCUACAGUCCUAGUUACCUGCCCCAGAACUCUUACUUCAGUAAUAGACAGCACAUCAGCCUACGUUGCUGUCACAGCACUGCAUGGGGCAGGCUCUUUCCUGCAUUAUAAAGUGGAUUUAUGGUAUAAAUACCCCCUCCUCUAAUUGCCCACUUUUCUGCCCUAAUACCUCCGGCUGAUUGAAUGAGAUUGCCCAUGCAACUCGCUGGUUAAAAAAAAAAGCCAACAACUUAUUGUAGGUGUUGGAGAAUGUGGUAGACAGUUGUAUUUAACCCUUGAGUGCUGACUCAGGGUUGAUCUGCACGGUUCAAUUGGUCAGUAAAAGAUUGGAAUGGCAAGUAGACAGCAAAGGAUUUUUUUACCCUUUUAUGGUUUAGUUUGUUUUGUUGAGGAGGGUAAUGUGUUUGGAGAAGGCCCAAUUCCCCUGGCACACACAGAUGCCCAUGAAUUUGGGCUUGUUGUGUUUAAUUUCUCCUGCUGCCUCUCAUAUGCUGAAAGACUGGUAAAGGGUAUUGGAUUGUUCCAUGUAGUGGAGAUGCUUUUGCACCAUUGCUUCGAAUGUGACAAUGUGUAUUUUAAGAUGGUUAGUCAAGCUCACAUGGUGGGUUUAUAUGUAAAUACUAGGGAAUCUGAGUGCAAAAAAACUGUGAAGAUUAACCCCUUUGUUGGCAGUUAAAAACUGCAGUGUGUUGACACCUCCUAUUGGCAGCAAAAGUGUUUAAGUGUGGGAGUUCCAGCAUUUGCUAGUGUUUCCAUUUUAUUUGUCUUGUGGCGUUUAUAGCACUUAACCUUUCAUGUGCUGGUGGAGUGUGCAUCAGAUUGCCAAGCUAUGUGAUUCUCCCAUUUCUGGCUCUGAAUAUCGCUGCACGACUAGCUCUAGCUAGGACUCUUUAUUUCUGUGUCUGUAAAUAUUGUUUUAAUUUUUGUUACCAUGUCUUCUGUGUUUACUUCUGAUCUCAAUUCCCAAGUAAAAUAUCAAAUGGAAUAGUCUUUUUUUUUUUUUUUUUUUUUUCCCUUUCUUUUCUAGUUUGAGGGGCUUCUUAUUAAAUGCUGCUAUUUGAAUUUGUGUGCACUUAACCAAUGUAACCCAGACAAGGGACAAAGCAUUGAUACCAAAAGGUUUGGGAUAAUUUUGUUUUAUUUUACUCUUGCUCUGUAAAGUGCCACUGUGUCUCAUUAAUCCGCCAUUUUAUGUCAUUUGUUCCUUUAUCAUUUAUAUGUAAAUACAUGGUUCUUGCUGGCUCUCUUGCGUCAUCAAUCUUUAACAAAAAAAAGUGACUCCGUACUUCAGUGAGGUCAAUAGUUCUGAAGUAGGAGUGAAAUGUGUAGGGUUUUUUUUUUUUUUAAUCUGAUCUUGGAUAAAGCCAAACUAAAAGGGUAAAAGUGGUUGUAGUGGCAUUUGUGUCUUAACAGACCACUAUCUAGUUUCUGUUUGUUUGUUUGUUUGCAUACAUCAUACGGUCUUUUGGAAGUGAAAUAGAUUGUGUGUUAUUAUCACAUGUUGCAAGUCCU